GUGGAAGUGGAUAAGCAAAGAGAGAAAUUAAAGCCAAAGAAAAGAAAAGUUGAAAAGCAUCAAUGGCGAAACUUAGAACAGCGAUGGAUUCAUCAUUUUGGGACUUAAACAUUGCAUCACCUCAAACAAUUGACAGUUGGGCGAAGUCUGUUCCUGGUGACCCUUUUCCUCUUGACGCUUCUGUUGCAAGCAGACAGCCUCGCCAUGAACAACUUUCACAAUUCACCGAUCGCUUUCCAUUCUGCAUUUUUCCUUCUUUAGCUCCUUCUUCUCCUAAGGAAUUGGGUUCCUUUUCUUUUCAGUCACUUCUCCUUAAUCUCACCACCGAUAAUUGGUGGCUUGGAAUGACUGGACAAUUUCGUCCGAGGAAACUGAUAGUUGAUAUAAAAAAUGAGAUUUCUAAUGCUGAUGAAUUCGAUCUCUCCACAGUUAAGGAUGUUGCAAAGCAUUUCAUUGACAAGUCACUUUAUUCAUACGGGUUAACCUCGCAGUUUGCCUUUUCUCCUUCAACGUCCAUGCUGUUUGCUUUAGAGGGUCACGGUGAGAAAGAAAAGCGCCGCAAAAAAGUGUUGGUUUUUCACGAGUUUUCCGAUCACGAUCUUACGGUGGAGGCAGCAUGGCCACAAUUGUUUGUUGACCACAAAGGAAAAUAUUGGGAUGUUCCUGAGUCUAUGUCAGUUGAUUUGGCAUCCCUUGUGUCUUAUUCCGGAUUGCGAUACCGCUUUGGGAUACAUAAGAACAAUGGUAAUCCCCAGGCGUUUAAUGCAACUGAUGGCGAACCUCCGUUGUCUUUACUGCCAGGGUUAUGUGCCAAGGCUGCCGUUACUUAUGAGAAGAUCAAGUACUUAUGGAGAAAAACGGAGAUUAAGGAGGAAGACGAAGAUUUGGCUGAUUUGACUCCAUACGAUAUGCGACUUAUGGAACCUCAUGCAGCAAUAUCUGGAAUUGUUGGUAGCUCCUGUGCUUCCUGGAUUUCGAAUGGGAGAAACUUUUCUGGAGAAGAUCUAGCCAUGUCAAAGAGAAGAGAGAGAUCACGAUUUAAUGCCGAUUUGUUUGGUUCAGUUUGCUGUACUUUUCAGCAUGGAAGAUUCACAAAGAAUUUUGGGGACUUAACCAGGGUAGAUGCUCGUCUAGAUAUAUCUUCAGGUUCAGGACUUGCAAAGAAGAUUGUGAAUGGUUUCAAGAGUUCUAGCAUCGGUGUUAGUGAACAGCCGUCAGCCUCACCUCGGCUCAAUUUAAUUUUUCAACAGCAGGUUGUAGGGCCAGUUGUCUUUCGAGCGGAUUCCCGAAUUUUGUUCGAGUCUUUAACCAAGAAAAGCGGUGUCUCGAUUGAAGAUUUCAUUUGCAGCUUGAAUUACUCCUUGAAGUUUUUGGAGUCUGGAAAGAUUGUUGCUUGGUAUUCACCAAAAAGGAAAGAAGGGAUGGUCGAAUUGCGGUUAUACGAGUUUUAACCGAAAGCAAUCUUCACCAUUUUGUAACUCAUGUAUGUUACAUGCAUGCACCAAAUGACAUGCUGAAACUCAGCAUCAUUGAUUUUAGAACUCCGAAAAGAUUAGUUAGUUGCUUCUUGAAGUAUGAGUUAAGAGUUAUGUUUAUUCAUAGCCAACUACACUGUUAUUUUUAUCUGCCAUACAAAUUCAGAAAGAAUCGAAAUUUUGUAACAAAAAGGCAUGUGAAUGUGGUUGAAUGUCUAGGCCAUGUUUUGGUCAUUUUGGUGAUA